AUGUCAAGUCUUAUACCUCCACAUAAAAAAGUAUUAGUAUCAAUUGAUUUUGGUACGAGUUGUAGUGGCUAUGCAUACGCAUUUAUUACAGAAAAGGAUGUUGAUAUCUAUGUACAUGACUCUUGGGCUGGAGGAGGGUCAAACAGCUUAAAGACAUUGACUCUUAUAUCAAUCGAUCAGGCAGGCAAGUUGGCAAGAUUCGGUUAUGAUGCUCGUGAAGAUCAUGGCAAUGCUAUCUUUUCAAACUUCAAGAUGGUGCUCUUUGACUCGGCGACAAGAGAAAAGACAAUGGUCAAAGCUGACAAUUGUGAUCAGACUGCAUCAGUAGAAUCUCUCAUCACAGAGACACUCAAGUUCUUUAAACAAACAAGUUUGGAGAGAAUCAACAACGGUAACACCAACGCAGUCGAACCAAGUCAAGUACAAUGGGUCAUUACAGUACCUGCAAUCUGGGAUGACGCUGCCAAACAAAUCAUGCGUAGAUGUGCUAUCAAUGCUGGUUUAUGUACAACUGCUGAUGAUAAAGAAUCAUUAAUACUUGCAUAUGAACCAGAGAGUGGAGCAAUGGACUGUAUCUUUGAAAAAACAAACAACUAUCAUGUAGCUGUUGGUCAAAAUGUUCUUGUUUUUGAUAUUGGUGGUGGAACUGCUGAUUUUACUGUCUAUAAACAAUUAGAAGAUGGAAAGAUUGAAGUAAUUGUUAGACCAUUUGGUGGAAACUAUGGAUCAACCUAUUGUAACCAAAACUUUAAGAAAUUCAUGUUGGAAUUACUUGGUGAUGAAGUUACACAAGAUAUGAUUGACAGUUCUGACUUUAUGACAUUGAUGGACAAGUUUGAAAGUGCUAAAAAAUCAAUGUCUGAUAGUUCAUGUAAUGACGGAAAGUCAAGAUACAUUUCCUUUAAUCCACGUGUAUUUGACAAGAAUAUCGAAUGGCUGAACCAACGAAUUCAAAAGUAUAAUGUCGCCAACACUGCCAACAUCGAAUACAAGAGAUCGGGACAUCUUGUCAUUCCCAUGGAAUCAUUUAUGACCUUUUUGCAACCAUUAUUCAACAAAAUAGUAGAUUGCGUCAAGACUCAAAUGCUACAAUGUGAUAGUAUCAAGAAACCAAAUUUCAUCUUUAUGAUUGGUGGUUUCAGUGAAAACUACUUUCUACAAGAAUUGGUAAAGAAAGAGUUUGCAUACACUGGUGCCAAAAUCAUCGUUCCAACCAGACCAUCAUUGUCUGUCGUCAAGGGUGCAUGUAGAUUCGGUCUCCGUCCAUCUGUCAUUACCAAACGUACAUUGCAAAGAACAUAUGCUGUCAAUACGUCAACCUCCUAUAAUCUAGAAGAACAUUCGGGGAGAAAACAACAUCUUGUAGAUGGGAUACCAUAUGUAUAUAAUAUCUGCGAUUCAUUUGUUUGUGCUGGACAGUCGGUUGGCAUUGAUGAAAUAAUAACUCGAACCUACUGGCCACUUAGAUUAUCCCAAACUACUCUCGCCAUUGAUAUUUACUCAUCGCUCUUGUCUGAUAUAAAAUACACAACCGACCCUGGAAUUUCCUUUGCCGCCGAAUUAUUAAUUCCACUCCCUCCAGGUGACACUAAAGAUGAGAAAUCGGUUAUUGUCUCAAUGAAGUUUGGUGCCACCGAAAUAUUUGUUACCGUCGUUCAAACUAAAACCCUUGAAAAAGUAGAAGCUACAAUAGACUUUACAAUCAACCGAGCUUGA